AUGAAUUUUUGCUGUGGGGUGAAGCUGAGUGACCUGAAAUAUGAAUAUAUGAAAAGCAGGCUGAAUGUUUUAGAUAGCUAUGAAAAGGACGAAAUACUAGAAAAAAAGUUGAGGAAGCAUUUGAAUAUAAAAAGCUUAGCACAAACAUUAAGCGAUGUAGAGAAAUUAAAACAGAGAGAACAAAUGAGAAGAUAUAGUACCUUCGAUAGACGUAUAUCAUUUUUAAAAAGAAGUAGCAUAAUAGAUAAAACAAAUUUCAAGUGUGGAAAAAAGGUUUUAGAAACAAGACUUGCAUCAAUUGAUUGUGAAUUAAUAAAUGUAACAGGGGAUGGCAAUUGUCUCUUUCGAUCCAUUUCAUGGAAUUUGUUUGAUAAACAAAAGUAUCAUAUGUAUGUAAGAAAAAGGUGUGUUGAACAUAUGCUAAAUUGUAAGCAGGAAUUUUCUAUAUAUUUUGAAAAUAAUGAUUUCUAUGACUAUUUAAAAAAAAUGUCAAAGGAUGGUUAUUGGGGAGAUGAAUUGUCUAUAAAAGCAACGGCGGAUGCAUUUGAUUGCAUUGUGUAUAUAAUAACAUCCACUGCAGAAAAUUGGCAUUUAAAAUAUGAACCCAAGUAUAAAAUUAAUAAUGAACACAAAAAGUGUAUUUUCUUGGCAUAUACAAGUCCUACACAUUACGAUUCGUUCAAACCUAUUCGAAGGUAA